AUGAAUAAGUCUAUAUUUAGUUGUUCUGUCGGACUAUGGUGGAUGAACCUCUGUGUUUCUCUUGUGCACAGUGUAAUAGAGAAACGUGGAGCUUUAAAAUCACCCCAGGCUUUAAAAAGUGUAACACUGGUUGCUUCUAAUGCAGUUACACCCACUGGGGCGUGCAGUCAGAAACUGUCUGUUAUAGGUGAUCCUCAAGGUUUUAUAACACAUUCCUACUUCAGCUACUGUGUGAAGAUCCUGCGGUUUCAUUGUACUAUUCAUUCUGCUGGUGAGUAAACACAAAUUCUUAUUUAUUUUAAUACUAAAUGGUAUAUUAUAUAAUAAAGAAUAUUCAUAGUAAAACAUUAUCUGGUGCCAUAACACACUUGGUUAGUGUACCAGCUGCCUAUUCUGUUCAAACCUCAGGACUGCAGGUUUAAAUCUCAGCAUUGGCUAACUUGGCCUUUGAGUCUUUUGUGGUCCAUAAAAGAAAUGCAGUUGAGUCAGCUAAUAAUAAGGUGUUAUCAAGACAAAAUACAAAAAAAAAAAAAUGUAUUACACUCUUUUUGGUUAAACACUUUCACUGUUAAAUGUUGUAAAUAAUUUACACCAGCAGGCUAUAUCUCUGUGACACAUUAUGACAUUGAUUUGGGAUCUCAAUUUUCAUUUAUUCAGUUAUAACGUAUCUUUUUUCAAGCACAAGGUCCAUGAUCCAAAUGAAUGAACUAUUUCUAAACACUCCAGUUCUACUUUUAUAUCACGGAAGUUUUCUAGAGUUUGAGACACGUGUGCUGUCACAUCAGAUUACUCACAAACUUACCAAACGUAUGCUUCCAAAUGUUACUAGGAUUUCCUAUAGAAUUUUUAAAGCAGCACUCCAGACACAUAUAACACUGCUCCUGUCCUAUUGCUGUCAUAUAUGUGACAAUUUAUAAAGGUGCAAAUGUUGUGAAAUCACCAAUUUUAUUCAUGAUGGCAGAAACACCUCCUUGGUGGUCACUCAGCAGAUGCAUAACUCCCAAGUCAUCCUUUUUAGGAGGGACAGUCCCUAUUGUAGAUUGAAAAACCUCUGUUAAUCUUUUGUAUCCAAAUUGUUCUCUUUUUUUAUGAGCUCCAUCUUUUUGGUGUUUCUGAGUGCAUAACAGAGCUCCACAGCAAUAAUACUUGUCAGGGCCGGUCAGGGCCGGUGCGACUGUCUAGGGCUCAGUCUCGAGUGAACGGCAAGAGGGGAGCGCACUGCACAGUGCUCUCCUUCUGCCAGUCACUUCAUGUAGCGUAGCGGAGCCGAAUAAGAGCUUCUGUUUCCUUAUCUGAUCUGAUAAAAGAACAUUAAACCGCUUCCUGCCACAGGGGAGAGGUUACAGAGGCUCCUUUACUGUGGUCCAUGGCUCGGCCACGCUAAAUACAGGAGGGAGGUGUGUGGGCACAAGGAGGGGGAGAAUCCACAAGGGGAGUGGGAGAUGCACACAGAGGGCUGUGCGGGAUAAGGGAAGAAGCACAAAGAGGGCUGAGGGAGGGAAGAGAGGCAUACAGAGCUAAGGGAGGUGGGGAAGAGGCACACAGAGGUCUGAGGGGGUGAAGAGGCACACAGAGGACUGAUGGGGGAGAGGCACACAGAGAGUCUGGAAAAGGGGAAAAAGAGACAAAAGGGUUUGAGGACAAAGAGACACACAGAGGGACUGGAGGGAGCAAAGAGACACACAGAGGGGUUGGGAAAAAGGAAGAGACACACAGAGGGGGUGGGGGGCAAGAAUUAAACCAACUAAGGUGCUGCGGGGUAGAGACACACAGAAGGGCUGUGGAAGGGGAAAAAGAGACACACAAAGGAGUUGGGGGAGAAAAAGACACACAGAGUUGAAAUUUAUUUUGCGGGGGGGGAAUAUGGGCGCAAGUAGCUGGUCUUGCCUAGGGCGCAAAAUAUUGCCCUGACAGUAGUGUGUUUGUAAACUACAAUAAGAAAUACAAGAUCUUUCUAAAUUAUAUUUUUAGUUGCAUAAAUUGUGUUUAGUAAUUCACCUUAAAUUUCUCAGAAUUGCUCUAUACCUGGUCAGCCCACAAUAACACUCCCAAAAUUAAAUUGUCUCUCUAGUUCCACUUUAAAUGUUGGAGUUAUGUAGACGCAAUGGGCUAGCGAGCUCCUGUCUUUUCCCAAUCUGAAUAAGUUGUACUACAGCUCAUUGAGAAUUGUUGGAAAGCGGUGAUGACUUGUGAUUGCUCCUGGCUCCAGCACAGUGCCAGGGAAAGAGAGGAGGGCUUGCAAAGGCAGGUAAACAGCUUUUGGAACCUGAAUUUUUUUUUUUCAUAACCCUCUAAAAUUCAUGCAGACAAAAAUACAUGCAUGUUUGCUAUAGGGGCAUAUCUAUUCAAUUGUUUAUGUAAAAUGGUGGUGAUAUACUACAUUGUAAUGUAGUUCUUGUUGUGUGAGCACCAUAUAGUGGUGUAAGUAUAGUCCACCCAUUCAGCUAGGGGUUCAAAUUAAAAACCAAAACCAAGAGGGCUGCACUUACCUGAACACGCACACACCAUAGGGUGCUGCUGGGGCCAAAACAUACAAAACACAGAAUCCAGCGCACUCGCUUAUUCACUAAACAAUGAUUUCAAAUCUUAGAGAUAGUAAUAGUUUUAUUUAAAAACACCUCACCUAGGCAAAAAAGAAUGGGGGUUUAGUUACAUUAUAUGAUCAUAUAUUGCAUAAGCCUGCCACAACGUCAAUGUACCCGAUACUUGGCAGGUCCUACACUAGGCGUUGUGGCGGGCUUAUGCAACUAUUUAUUUAUUGAUUUGUUUUUAUUGUUUAGGUUCUAUCCAUUUGGACUUUAACUUGUGCAAUAGGCAGCUAGUUUUUUAGAUUCUCUGUCUACCUAGCAAUGUCACUACUUAGUAGAUCUGAGUUACCCAGGUGGUCUAUGCAGGGCCGGAUUAACAUAGGGGCUGAUGGAGCUGCAGCUCCAGGCCCAGGCCCAGGCCCAUGGAAUAGGCCCAUUUAAAAAAAAAAAAAAAAAUUAAUUUUUUUUUUUUUUUACACACUACUCUUAGGUUUGCCACCUGACUGGUAUUUUAAUGGCACAGACGGUAUUUGAGGCUGCCUGGCCGUGCCGGUAUUGCAGUAAUACUGGCAAUACAAAUGCAGGUAAUUUUCUCAGAAUAAUUGGAAAUUACUCUGCAAUACCAGCACCGGCCAGUAGGGGUCACUGUGUGUGGAGAGAGGCAGGGAUAGGAAGUAACAGCAUAUCCCUCCCUGCCUAUCUCUACUCACUGAUCCGUGGGGGAGCAGCUACACAGCACAGAGAGUCCAGACAGCAGCUCUACAGCUCAGGUAAGUGAGGGAUGGGGGGGAAGGCAGCAGGGACACAUGGGGACACUGAGACACUAGGGGACAUAUGGGGACACAGAUACUAGGGGGCAUAUGGGGACACUGAGACACUAGGGGACACAGACACUAGGGGACACAUGAUGACACAUACACUAGGGGACACUGAGACACUAGGACACAGACACUGGGAGACCUGGGAACACUGAGACACUUGGGGACACUGGAAAACAUGGGGACACUGAGACACUAGGGGACACAGACACUUGGGGACAUAUGGGGACACAGACACUAGGGGACACAUGGGGACACUGUCACUAGGGGACACUGAGACACUUGGGGACACUGGAAAACAUGGGGACACAGACACUAGGGGACACAUGGGGAUGCUGAGACACAUGGGGACGCUGUGAGACAUAGGGACAUUGGGAGAUAUUGGGACACGGAGACACUAUGUCCCCCAGCCAGUGUCCCUAGUGUCUCAGUGUCCCCAAGUCUCCCAGUGUCUGUGUCCCAUGCCUCUCAGUGUGCCUAGUGUCCCCAUGUGUCCCAGUGUCCUCAUGUCUAUGUCCACAACUGUCCCCAUGUCUCCCCAAGUGUCCCCUAGUCUCCCAGUGUCCCCUAGUCUCCCAGUGUCCCCUAGUCACCCAGUGUCCCCUAGUCUCCCAGUGUCUGUGUCCCUAGUGUCUUAGUGUCCCCAAAUGUUUCAGUGUCUCCAUGUCUCCCAGUGUCUGUGUUCCUAGUGUCUCAGUGUGCCUGGUGUCCCCAUGUCUCCCAGUGUCCCUACAUGUCCCAGUGUCCACAUGUCUAUGUCCACAAUUGUCCCCAUGUCUCCCAGUGUCCCCAAGUGUCUGUCUCCCAGCCAGUGUCCCCUAGUCUCCCAGUGUCUGUGUUCCCAUGUCUGUGUCCCUAGUGUCUUAGUGUCCCCAAAUGUUUCAGUGUCCCCAUGUCUCCCAGUGUCUGUGUCCCUAGUGUCUCAGUGUCCCCAUUUCUCCCAGUGUCCCCAUGUCUCCCAGUGUCCCCGGGUCUCUCAGUGUCCCCAGCAUCCUAAUGACAUGGGGACACACUGAGACAUUGGGACACUGGGAGAAAUGGGGACACAGACACUGUGAGACUGAGACACUGGAAGACAGGGAGACACUGGGAGCAAUCAAUCUAUACAGCAGAAUCAAACUGUGAGUAGUUUGUUGGUGAUUUUACAGAAUUUUCUCUGAUGUCACUCCUUGUGAUUUACAUCAUGUGAUGUCACGCAUAACUAAUUAAUUAUACAAAUGAUUAAGGCUGGUAUUUUUUUCCAAGAAAGGUGGAAACCUUAACUACUCUUCACAUACUCUUGCUUAAAGGAGCACUAUAGGGUCAGGAACACAAUCAUGUUUUUCUGACCCUAUUAUGUUAAAACCACCACCCUUGCCCCUUCUUGCCUCCCUAAAUAUAGUAAAAUAUUACUUGUAUUCAAUUCUGUAGCUGCUGGCUCAGAAGUGGUGGUCUGAUCAAAUUACAAUACUUCCCCAUAGGAUUGGCUGAGACUGUCAACUAGGCAGAUCAGGGGCAGAGCUAGCACAAGUCCAACAUAGCCCUGGCCAAUCAGCAUCUCCUCAUAAAGAUAAAUUGAAUCAAUGCAUCUCUAUGAGGAAAGUUCAGUGUCUGCAUGCAGAGGGUGGAGACACUGAAUGGCAGUGCUGCACACUAGGCAGUACUGCCCCAGGAAGCACCUCUAGCAGCCAUCUAAGGAGCGGCCAGUGGAGUUAUUUUCUCUGAAAAGACAGUGUUUACUGCAAAUACCUGAAUGGAAUGAUUCUACUUACCAGAACAAAUACAAUAAGCUGUAGUUGUUCUGGGGACUAUAGUGUUCCUUUAAGUUUGGAAGCUUAAGAGGGAUGUAUGGGAACAAAACUUGUGUGCACUGGCUAGUUUAGGUAAUGCAGACGUUGGUCUCUCUAACACUGUGGCAUGUCCCCUUUCUUCUACACUCACUACAGACAACUUUUCUCUGUCUCAGACUAUAUACCAGGAACUUCUGCCUGCUAGUAAGAAGGUAAGGAGACAAGUGGACCAGCGAGUGCUAGGGGACAGUCCUUAGAAAGAAUGGAGUGAGAGCAUCAUCAUUAGACGCAUUUAUGUCAAGCUCAAGGUGCUGCCUGUAUAGUAUGCCCUUAGUUGGACAGCCUGCAGGAUUGGGAGGCAGCCUGACAUGCAUUCAUGCCAGGCUGACCUUCCAAUUCUUUGGACAAACAUGCCCCCUUUUGGGCAUGUUCACCCUUUUGGCAGGUCUUGUCACGUGAUUCGCACCAGUGGCACACCCUUUUACCCCGCCCAUUGACUUCCUGCUUCACUGGACACUGCUGUUAGGGGGUAUGUAUUUACUUGAAAGAUGAAAGCAUAAAUUAGAGAGAGAUUAGCAUAGAGUAUGUGUUUUAUUAUAGCUGCAUCCUAUGAGUUUCCCUCCAGCACCAUCUCCAUCAGAUACAUGACGCUUGGGAGGUAUGAUUGUUUUAGUGUUUUUGGUUGAUAAGAUUCUGUAAUUAGGCCCAUCAUAAUUGUCAGCACCAGGCCCACUGGGCUCUUAAUCCGGCCCUGGGUCUAUGUAUAUUUUUUGCUAUUAUUCUCCACAUCAAGCUUACUGUUUGAAUUCUAUUUCUUUUUAUUCAUAUUUUUCUAUUUCCACUUACUCCUGAUCACCUUAUUGUUUUUUUCCAGUAGCAAUUCUGAUUUUUUAUUAUUUCCAUUUAUAGCUCAAGGUGGUAGCUAUUUUUAUUCAGUGAGAUAGUGGUUAUAGUUGCUUAGUUUAACUUUAGUGGGACAUCACACCAACAUUUUGGGUGUGAUUUCCUGUUUUAAAGUUUUUUUUAUCCAUUCUACUUCAUUAAUUACACACUGCAUAAAUAAUGGAUGUAAGCAUGUUUUGGAAGGCGGGUUUUGUUUUUUGGGGGGUCGGCAGCAUUUCACCUAUGGACCCAGGCAGCACAAUGCCUUUGGCUGGCCCUGGGUGGACUAACAAACACGUAAUUAUAACCAGUCGAGUUAGAUGUACAAGAACAGAGGGGUUGAGGGCCCUGCUUAAUGAGCUUACACGCUAGAGGGAGUGGGGUAGAGUGACACAAGGUAAGGAUAGGAGUAGAGAAGUAGGUUGGUGGAUGAGUAUUCACUGAAGACUUAGUGUUUUGAUGACAGUUGCAGGAGAGGAAUGGGGGGGCGGGGAGCUAAUAACAGUUUAAUAAGUGGAUUUACAUCCUCUUAUGAAGGUGUAGUCUGUGCAUGCACUUAUAGCUGCUUGAAAUGGAAUGCUUGCUGUUGGGGUGGCAUCUAGUGGGGGUCUCAAAUAUGUUAGGUGAGGGUGGACCUUCGUUAAAGUGAUAUCACUAUAAAGGAUAAUAGAAUUUGUCCUACUUCCCCCUCAUGCCCACCCUCCCCUCCUCCCCCCCACCCCACCCUCCAUCCCUUAAAACAAAAUAAAUAAUGAAAGGGCAGAUUCAGUGGGGCACAAAACUCUGUUAACACGAUAUUGUACAAUUCACAAACAUAUCACAGACCGUGAGGCUGUUAUGUACUUUAUUAGCAUGGGCUGUAGGUCUGUAGUAGAAUUGACACAUGAGGCAGUCACAUGGUAUAAAUAAACAUAAUAGUAACAACAUUGCAAAUGUCAUUAAAUAAAUCAAUUUAAAAUAAACUGUACUUUCAAGAGCAACUGGUGCUAAAUUCAGAAACUGACGAGGGCCCAAGUGAAACAUAUAAAAGACUACCAAGGUCAUGAUGCGAAAUUGCCGGAGCAAUGUAGUUCCACUUCCCAUUCCCUUCUCCCUCCCGGAACAUUUCUUAAUCAGUGUACUCCUCCUUUAUGCAACACUCUGGCUUAAUUUCCAACUUCAGACAAAUGAACAGAGUUACACAUCUUACUCAAGUGUUAGAACAAUCUAGCAAGGGCAAAAAUGUGCUCUUGCCUGUCAGUCAAUAUUUAGCACAAAUGCUUUAGCAAUGGCAUAGUCCUCUAUGCAAAGAACUGAUAUACAGGUGAGGGGAGGGACCACAUUUUUAUUUAGAUAUAUGUAAAGAAAUGUAUACAAGUUCUAUUAAUUCUACUAGCACAGUAGCACAGUACAUAGGUGUAAUUGUAUGCAUUUGUAUUAGAACCUAUUUUGGAAUACCAAUGACGGAUGUGCACUUAGUGUUAAAAAGAUCAGUUCCUGCAUAAUGAAAAUCACUGUCUCUUUUAGAGUUGUAGAGCCUGUCUGACCACAAAGCUAUUUCACUGUCUCAUUAGUGACUGAACUGAACUGUAGCCUGUGGGUUAGCAGUUGGAGUUAUUAGUUUUACCAUCAAACUCCCAUGGAAUUGUGGGUAAAGAGAUCUACACUAUAAUUAAUUACUUAGUAAUAACACACAUUGUUUCCUAUGUACCAACAAUUGCAAAAGGCUUGGGAGGUUAUUUAACUUUCCAGUUCUCAGGUAAACCAGCUAGUAAACAUGAAAAUAUGAUACAUUAUACAAUCUAAGAUCUAACAAAUUAUAUACUUGCAGUUUCUUACAGUAUUUAACUCAGGUUACAAUGAAAGUGGACUGUGUAUGAUUUUUGUUUUAAUUUGUGCUGAAGACAAAGUUACAUUUAUCGUUUAUUAAAAAAAAUAAUACUCAUGAAGAUAUAUGGUAAUAGGAGUUCUAAAUUAAGAGCAGAAACUGCUAUUCCACAAAUUUACAGACAUCACUAAGUAUGUUCUAGAGGGGCCUUGAGGGUAAAAUGACUUAUAUAAGAAUAAGGGAGUUACAUAAUGAAGGAGAUGUAACAGUGGAUAUAUGCUAGAAAUGUGUGCAUAUUGACAUUCUAUGCACAAAUGAAUGAAAAAGAGUCACAUUACACACAAAAGGUAUUUCAUUGGUUCAUUAAAACCUAAAUACGGAGCUCUGUAAAAAGGAUACCAUUAAGAUAACCUGUCAUCUGUUUCCAAUUUCUAAUAAAAUUAAUUACUUUAAUAAAUACAGUUAUUAAAAGGUAGUCAAUGUAGCACCACAGUGUCAAUGUGUAUAGCGAAUAUUAAGUAUAAAAUAUACUUAUCUUUUAAGUUAAAUUGAACAGCCUCCCUAGUUAAAGUAGGUCUGUGGACGUUUACUUAAAAGAAUCAAUGAAACUGGAGGGAAUAUAAUGGUAACCACUUGAUAGCUUCUACUGCCUUGCACAAAUAGCUUAAUUCAGGUUUUUUAUUGAUGAAAUGAAACACAUCUGCCAAAAAUCAAAAUAAAGCAUAAAAUUCUACAAGCAUUUCACUGCUUUACUUACCUGUAAACUUUAAAAUUUCAACAUUUUACUUAUUUAGACAAUGUUUUAUAAGGAAGAAUACAAUUAGGGUCCGUUGGCCGUAGGGGGCAAUUAAAUGUACCAGAAAUUGUCCUUUGCGGCAACCACCAUCUUCUUCUUCCUGGAGGUAUUCUUUAGCUCCUCAGUGCCACUCCCCCCCCUCCCCCCCCAUGCCUCCUCCUAGCCAACACUGCUCUGUGCAUGCCUGUGGGAACUAAUGAUAAAGCUUGGCCCAGUGCGCUAUUAAAGGGCCAUAGAGCUGACACGUUCCCUAAUCAGAGAUGUCCAUUGGAUGGCCCUAAAUGUGAAGACCACAUAAAGUCCAUUUUUAAAGGAAGCCUGCCACUGCUGGGCUUCCUGAGUCACCCAGGUCCCAGUCUCACUCACACUGUGUGCAACCCUGGGUGCUCCGCCACUUAAUACAGUAUGUAAUCAGAGAAUAAAAGAAACACUGCAUUUGCUAUAGAACAUAUGGUAGUUGUUCUGGACAAUUUGAGUGCAUUCUCUCUGUUUUCAAAGAGUUUGACAGAAUUGGUGAUUGAUCUCCUGAACCUCAAACCCCAGCCAUAACCUGCCCUCUUUGUUUGCAGCCUGCUAUGAAAUGACAAUGUGGAUAGAUACUUUGCAGUAUCUGGACUAUGAGGGGUCGGCUCUGAGGGCUGAAAGAACAUGAAAUACAGAUUAACAAAAAACAGAUGUGCGGUACUCAAAAAUCCCUCUACCAUAAUCAGUAACCUGUAAUAAGGAACUUAAAGUGUCCCUUAAAAAUUAAAUAAUCAGCAUUUCUAUUUCUAAGUUUUUACAGGUUAACUUUUAUCUAUAUAUAAAUUAUGACCAGUACUGUAAUGAAUUGUUAAUUAAUUAGUCAACAUAUGUCUCCGAUAGCACUUUUUGUUUGCAGCACGGUACUGCUCUAAUCACUCCAAUUCUUUAUUUUCCUAGUUAUCGUAUUACAACUGUGCCUGAACAACUGA